AUGGGGAUGAUUGAUGUGUAUUCAAUGAUGAUCAUUUCCAAAUACUUCGAAACGUUUUCUGACUUUGUGUCUCUUAUGUUUGUCUGUAAAAAAUACAGAGAAAAUAUUGAGAGGUUUCAUUUCAACCCAAUUUCCCUCACUUUAAAAACUAGGAAGUACUUUCCGCGGUUGGAAACUCAACAUAUUUAUUGUUCAAAAGACGAGUUAUUCGAAAGCAUUAAAAAGGUUGUGGAAUAUGAAGUCGAUUACAAAACAGUUGCAGAACAACAAGAUCCCUCAAUAACUUACAAAAGAGUGGUUUACACAAAAGAGGACAGAAUAACAUUUGGCGAUAAAAUUCCUAAUGGUGUUAAGUCAUUGGGUGAUUACUGCUUCUAUAGGAGCAAAGCAACAGAAGUUAUAAUUCCAACAAGUGUUGUAUCGAUUGGCAAAAACAGCUUUUCUGAGUGCGAACAACUCUCCAAAAUCGACAUUUCCAAUCGAGUGACCUCGAUCGGGAUCUCUGUCUUCAACAAAUGUAAAUCACUCCAAAAAGUAAUUUUGCCCAAAUACAUUACUUCUUUAAAAAGCCAUACCUUUAUUUCAUGCAGCUCUCUCCGCGCUCUUGAACUACCACCAGAUAUCGAAUCACUUGAGAUGUUUUGUUUUUACAACUGUAUGUCUUUGGAAUCAGUCACACUCUCAGAGAACCUCUCUCAUAUUGGAGACUUUGCUUUUGGAAACUGCACAUCACUUUCAUAUUUUGAAUUUCCACAGAAACUCCUCGAACUUGGAAGUUCUGCGUUUAGUAGAUGUCUUCAUUUGAGGUCAUUGUCUUUGCCAGAAAAAUUGAACAAACUUGGAAGUUCGUGUUUCCGUGAAUGUGGAAAUCUGACACAUGUAGAACUCCCACAAAAUAUUUCCCAAAUCGGCGAUUGUUGUUUCAAAUCUUGUUGUAAGUUAGAGCACAUCAAUAUUCCAACUCUACCAAUUAAUGUUGGAAACCAUUGUUUCCAACAAUGUUCAAAUUUACACACAAGCGAAUUGCCAUUGGAUUUGAUUUUAUCAACGAACGCAAGCAAUGAAGAAUUUCUUUACUUUAACAACGUCCCAAAAAUAUGUUAA